GGAUGAUCGCCUUCACCAAUCUCAGCCGUCAGAUUUGGGGAAGCGUAGAACUCUCACUUAAAUACACGUGCUGCUUUCUCUUCUCAUCCAUCUCUUGCAUGGAUUUCUCCUCUAAAUAUAGUCAAGCUUACACUCUAAAACAGACACACAAACUCUCACAACACAACCUUCCUUACUUCAUUUCCUUUGCUUUCUUCGUGUACCUAUCAUUAGUAUCACAGGUUACUCAUCCCACCCAAUUCCUUUAAACCUCUCUUACCUUCUUCUUUCUUCUUCAACAACUCUAAAGGGAAGGUUAGUACAUACAGAUGUUUACUGGGUCUUCUUCUUUUCCACUUUUCAUGCUUCGGAUCUUGUUCUUGCUCCUCAAUUCUUCAAUUUCUGAGCGUUGAGAGAUCAGGAACUGCUGCAUCAAUUCGAGCUCUUGGAUUGAUUUUGUUUCUUGUAAAUGGAAGCUAAUCUAGCAUCAAGACAUGUUUGCAAGCUCUGUAAUAAGAGCUUUGCUUGUGGGAGAUCCUUGGGAGGGCAUAUGAGGUCUCAUUUGACCAAUAACUUAGUUGAUUCUGAUGAGAAACAUAGCAGAACAAGCCUUCAAUUUGCUGAUUUCAGUGCUGGAAGCGUAUCAAACAUGGAGGAGGAGGAGGAGGUUGAUAUGGAAGGUGGAAAUCUAGCUGGGUUUGGUUAUGGUCUUAGAAAGAAUCCCAAAAAGACUCAGAAACUUGAGUUUUUAAGUGAAGAAUCUUCACUCCAAGACAAGUUCUGCAGGGAAUGUGGUAAAGGGUUUCAAUCAUGGAAGGCUCUGUUUGGUCACAUGAAAUGCCAUUCUGAAAGAGUUGUUUCCAGUAGUCAAGAGCUGGAAGAACCAGAUUCCCAUAUCACUGAUGCUAAACAGAAGCUGGUGAUGGAUAUCCAAUCUGAUAAUGAAAUUGAAGCUCCUAACAACAAGAGAAAAAGAUCAAGAAGAAGAAGAACAGCCCAAAUGGGCACGGAAAAUUCAAUAACUUCCUUCUCUUUUGCCACUGAUUCCUCUGUUUUUGAAAUCCAGCAAGAACAAGAAGUUGCCAUCUCCUUGAUGUUGCUUUCCAUGGACGUGGGGAACUGGGUUGGUUUCAAUUCUCCAGUUGAGUCCUCAGAUAACAAUUCAAAGUUUCUUGAUACCCCAUCUGCCGUUGAGAGCAAAACCUCUGUUUCCAAUAAACUCAAGGCGAAGAAAAUGGAGUCUGAAGUGAAGAAACCAGAGAAAAGUUCUUCUGUGUUUAUGAACAAGGGAAAGAUGAUAGAUCAAAGAAGUGGAUCUAAAUCUUUCCCCCCAAAAAACGACCAAAACCAAGCUAGAUUCAGCUCUGAUAUGAUCGCAAAAUCCGGAAAGAAGACAUUAGCAGAGUUUUGGGAUUCAAAAAUCUGCAAGAAACCCAAAAAGAGAAGCAAAUUUGAGUGUGAUAUUUGCAAUAAGAUCUUCCACUCAUAUCAAGCACUUGGUGGGCAUAGAGCAAGCCACAAGAAGCUAAAGGGUUGUUUCGUUGAGUCAGCCAUGGAAGAAGACGAAGAAGAAGAAAUAGACAGCGAGAGCAGUGCAGAAAUGGCGAUUUCUGCAUACCCAACAGCCGAAAGCAAGCUUGCGAAAGGCCUCAACAAUGGCGAAAUGGGUUAUCAGAUUCCAAAAAAGAGCAGCAACCACAAGUGCCCAAUUUGCGAGAAAGUGUUCGCAUCAGGUCAAGCACUUGGUGGGCAUAAAAGAUCUCAUUUGAUCAGUGGAUUAAAAAACAGAGCAACAAUUCAAAUUCAAAAACAAGUCCCAGAAAUCAGGAGGUUUCUGGACCUGAAUCUUCCUCCUGAACCAGUCGAAAUAGAAAACAAGAACCACAAUUUAGCAUCAUUAAAGCACCCAUGGUGGGCUGCAGCUAAUGAACACAAGCACGAGGCUCUUGUGAAUGUGGGAUUUCAUAUCUAAAUUGAUAGAGACUUGAGAGAUUGUAUAGUGAUCAAUACUUUCUGGGUAUCAUUUCAUUUCAUUAAUUCUUUUCAUUUUGGUUGAAGAUCU